GUUCUUGUUCUCGUCUUGCUUUGUAAAAAUGGGUGAAUUAACGCUACAAGAACUUGUUGUAUGAGAAUUUCUUCUGCGCUUGUGAUAUGGAGCCAACUACUACUGAAGCGACGUCGUUGCAGAUGCAGAGGAUGAUGUUGGUGUUUACCCUACCGCAGGUUCUCUAGGAGCGUGUAGUUGUCGAUAUUUUCGCCGGAAUCCAUCGACUUGGAGUUGGAGAUCGGUUCCAGCAUCUUGAAAGCGAUAUAUUGACAUUUCCUGGUCAUUCCCGCCUACCGAAAAUAAAUCUCUCUACCUCCUCAGUAGAAGCGACAGAUGUGAAGCAACGUUUGCAGCGCUAACAAGUAGAACGCGAAGCAACGACUCGUUCUUCGUAAGCAUCAGACUAGUUGUAAACAAAAAUUGAAGCAGCUGUUGUAGCUGUACAACUUCUACAACACCUUGUUCACCUUCUUCAGAAGCAGAUAUCUUCAUUAUCAAAUCAUCAACAUCAACUAGUGCGACUACUACCUCAAGAUGGGCAAAAACCGCAAGGCAGACCGCUUCAUCGAGCGGGAGGCCGAUGAGGGCGACGAAAGCGAAAGCGAUGCCCCGGAUGCGAAGAGGGGAAAGUACGAGGAUCGAGAGGUGAACGAGCCAAAGGAGGUGAGACAAAUGCGUGAGGAAAUAGAAGCAAGAGAAAGAGCCGCAAACGGUCAAACCGGUGCCAACCGAUUGUUCGGAGACUUCUUGCACAACUUGGAAGCAAAAGCCAGAGUGGCUGAAGAAGCGGAUAUGGAGUACUUUCUCAUCUACGAUUUUCUAUACUUUGAUUCAUUCUUCUGAAGCGGAUCUGGAGUACUUUCUCAUCUACGAUUUUCUAGAAGUAUUCUGUGAUUCAUUCUUCUGAAGAUGUAUUAAUAAAUUCUUGCUCAUUAUAUCUAUUUUGAUGAGAAGAAUCAGAAUCUGCUGCAUGAUGUUCAUGUAGAAUCUUCAUCUCUCUGCAUUAUUACUAUGUUCAUGUAGUUCGUUGUGGAAGAUUUUGAUCUAAUAAACGGAUCUCUUGACCUCUUCAGACGUGCCGCUGCUGCUCGAAGAGAUCAUGAUGAAGAUUUAUUUGCCGAUCCUCUAGCACAGAUGGCCGCUCCAGCAGGGACAGGGGCUGCUCGUCCAGCAGCUAGUCCACCCGGCGAGCGAAAGAUCUUGAGCUCAGCACACCUCUUCGAAGAUAUGAACGCGCCAGGAACAAAGCCUCCUGCGCCAGCAUCCCCUCCUAAGAUACCCCAAUCCUCCCAACGAAGAGCCAGUAGUAGUACGGCACCCGUGCAGAUGCCGCAGGUACAUCUCUAUUCUGCUUGUCGAUACUUCUUUUACAGCCACUACUACAGUAACUAAGACUCAGUGGUCUUAAUAAUACCAUAUCAGAGUAGUUUAUAGCACGCAUGGAGUACUAGCAUGGAGUGCAUGGAGCGCAGAGCUUUAAGAGGCGCAAGAAGCUCCCCCUUUAGCUCUAUGCUACUGCAUGUGAUCCAUGCACUCCAUGCAAUGCGAGCUGUGAAACCUUAUAAAUUGCUCUGUUAUAUAGAUAGGAUCUUACAAAAACUUCGAAUGAUUUUUCAGUCAAUAAAUCCAAAUCAAUCUUUUUUUAGACUUGGAUACUCGAUUUCGAGGCCCGGAUAGUACCACAACAAAAUCCCCGAUGAUCAAUCAAACACAAAAUCCAACCACAAUAGAGCUACGACCCAGACAAAGUAGUAAUGCCGAGAUUAGACGAUCCGAAGCUGUGGUGUGUCAAAGUUUUUGGAGAUGGCGUCGAACUGUGCAACACGCUGAUGACGAAGCUGGCCUACAAGCAGAACGAAGACCCAAAUUAUCAACCUCCAAUCUUUUCCGCAUUUGCAAGCGAUCACAUCAAAAGUACUUGUUCAUCUAUAAAAAUCUUGUAACUUCUUCUUUUGAGGUCUUACAUACUACUUGUACUUAGUUUCUUCUUCUUGCUUACUGUUACCCACUCAAGAACUCUUACAUACAGCUGCUUCGUUUCUUCUUCCUGCUAACUUACAGUUACAACCCAUACCCACUCAAGCUCAACAUGAAGAUCUGCAUGAUUGUCUAUGGUGGCGUGAAAUGCACAUCCCAUCAUUCUGCAACAGAUUACAUGUACGUAGAAGCUUAUAAGGAGGCGGACUUGCGAACAUUUCUGCAAGGAGUGAGAGGAGUUUCAGCGUGGGAUACAAGACUUGUGCCAGAAAAAGAAAUGGGAAACGUUUUGAGGCAAGGAGUCGGCCAAGCACUGACGAAUCCAGUGGAAAAUAUCAAAGCAGGACGUAUAUCUAUUUCGGUUUUUCGCUCCUCGUCUCUAGCUGUCUACACGACAGCUACCACUGAAGACUAUUAACUUGGCUCUUGUGUUAUAUUUUUUUGUCCAAAGAAACUGAAAGAUCUUGGUCUUCUUCGGUUCAAAACACUUUUUCGAUUUUUCUUUCGUUCUUGUUUCUGCUUGUUAAUGACAGCUCAAGAAUGAACAGUCAUGUUGAAUACUUGAAGUGUUCAUUUCUGAACAGAAAAUCUACACCACGACCUAGUGCUGGUGCCACUUGGCGUUUUUGACUUUCUUGUUCUCCCUCUCUGCACGUACCACGCCUCUACCUCCACAACAAACAACUCGUACACACAGAAUUCGUCCGCAUCCUGGCGCAGGGACACUACAAAGGCGAUCUAGCACGUGUCCUCAAGGUCUCUCAGAACGAGAUCGCAGUCCGACUAAAGCCUCGCGUGACCCUGGGAGACUCUGCGAAUAUGACCAUGAGAAAUUUCAAAUUCAAAAGUCAAUCACAAUUUCGGCCAAAGGCAGAUUUUUUGUCCUAUGAUAUCGCCGCCAGACAUCCAGAAAUACAGUUGGACCACCACGAUUUGGAACAAUUUCGUACUUAAUACUACAAACAUGCUUUGGCUUAGCCUACUCAUUGUCACUUUUUCUUACGUUCUUUCUUUAAGUGCACCUCCACGUUAUUACCACACCCCCGUCGUGUCAGUGUUUUAGGAAAAAUGAUCUUCGUUCUUAUCCAACCCCACACAGAAAUCCGAUGCUACGUGUGGAACGAGACGUAUUAUACCAGAGACAGUGGUCACGUGAUCAAGGUUUUCGCGCAUAGCAAAUUGGACCCAAAUGUAAGGGUCACCUUUAGUGAUCAACAGGCGUUUUCAAACAUCAAAUACCCAGAGGAUUACGCGGUGACUGGGGAAGAAGCAGGAGCCUUAGGGCUGAUGGGCGGAGAUGUUACAAGUACCCAGAUCUUAGAUCUUACGCUCGUUUUGUUGUAGCAUGGUUUUGGUUCAUCUUACAACAAGCAACAGAAGUUUGUCUAGUCGUUCCUGUUCAUGGAUUUACGUCAACUUGGCGUCAUAAAAACAUAUUAUGCAGGCUUAUUUUUCGUACACUUCAGUUUCACCAAGAAACAUAGUAUCCACUGCUAUUAACUUGAGUAGGAGUACUACAUCAACACCCCCACAGACCGUCCGUUCAAGCAGGGCGAAAAGAUUCGCGUCACUUCUGGCCAACUUCGUGGGGUCAUAGCCACAGUCCACAAGAUUCUAGAAAACGGAAAUCUCAUGGUCCAGCCGGCAUUGGAGAGUCUAGGAACUGGGAUGGUCAUCGUCGACCCCGCACUCUGCGAAAAACAUUUCGUGAAGGGUCAGAGGAUAAAAGUCACCAAAGGCCCAAAGAUAGGCAUUGUCGGAACAGUGUGCAGUGACGUCACACAGCAAGGAACUGUGUCGAUUGCGGAAUUGGGAAGCGUACUACUUUAAUUCUGGGGUUCAAGUGUGGGGUGCGUGGAACAUUUUUUUACUGGAAAAUGAAUGUUCUUGUAGCUAAACUACUCUCAAUAGAAGGAAGAGGAGCUGGUCAAAUAAACAAGAAGAAGAACUAUCAUAGUAGGAACUGUAAGAACUCAUUUUUUCUAAUUACAAACUUCACGAAAAAAUCAAAAUCUUCAGGUCGCCGGCGAGUGGCCUCCUGUCCACGAAGCCAAGGUGAAUGACUGCGAAGUCACCUUCGAGAGCGCCAAACCAACGUUUAACGAUGAUGACGCUGCCGCCAAAGCAGCGGAGAUGAUGUCUGGGGGACUCCCAGUCGGAGCAAAAGUCAGCUUCAAGAGUGGUCCAGAGUUGACGGUCCUAAGGGGCGUAGUCACCGCAAUCCUAGGAGACCGAGUCAGAGUCUUGGACUCGAAGGGGAACGAAGCAAUACACUUGCCGGGACGUAAUUUCUUUUGUUGAUGUUGGUUUGUUUGAUUUAAGAUUAAGUAGAUUUGUUAUAAAUACGUAAGCAUUUUUUGCGUGUCUCCUCCUCCUGUGUUGCUUGAUGUUUUGUAUUUAUAUAAAUAUAAUUUUCUUGAUUUUCAUCUCCUUCCUCCUGCUUCUGUAAGUUUUCGUCAUGAAAUAUCAUCUGCAUCUGCAACAACACAGAUUUAACCUUGGAAGCCGGUCCUUUCAACCCUGACCCUCGUGUCAAACCGCACUGGAAACAAACGGAGUUUUUCGCCACCGAUAAGCGCGGGGAAGAAAUCGGAGUUGGUUCUUCGAUUAGUCUCCAGCCUAAGGGCGUUUCCGCAGGGUUUGUUCCAGAAGCCACUGUUCAUUUUGUAGAGGUAGACACUGUGUAUGCACGCGAUGCUAACAAAGUGUUCUACUGUUGCGACCCGAGCAAUUGUAUCUUGUUGGAGAAAGCAGAGUGGCAGAAGCGGGCAGCUUCGGCGGCUGGAACUAGUAGUAGUUCAAGCAGUGCAUUGGCGUUGCUAGGAGGAAACGAAGCGACAACAUCAGCAAUGUCUCUGUUAAGGCUGAAGAUGGAAUGGAUUUAGAAGAAAUUAGUUAGUACUGCUUAUAUAUUUAGUGAAAGUAGUAUGCGGCAAAUAGCAUUAGAAAAUCCGCCAUAUGUUACAUGAUGUCCUCAGUUGUAUCUUACACAUGAUCACUUUGCACCCUCACAACAUGAUCCUCUAAUCCCCGCCGCAUUGAUCCCUGUGAAAUCGUCCAAAAACGGAGCAGCAAAUAAGUUGGCUGCGUCUUUAGCGAGUCUGCAAUUAACCGACGGCGACGACAGCAAGAACACACUUCCAAAGCCGCCAGCGAGAUGGCAUUAUCUAGGAACGGUACCGGGAGAGAAGAAAUACAAAGGCAUGCGCAUGAGGAUAAUACGGUCGACGGCGCUGGCUCCGUACAAAGGACAAUUCUGCGAGUUCAGGCAAUACGUUGAUGCCGACAAGAUCAGGGUGGCUUUGAGCAUCAAAGCGAAGAUGGUCGUAUUGGAAAAGGGUACAACUACUUGACGAUUGAUGCUGAUGAUUCAUGUAGUUGAUGUUCUGUUUGACUUGACCUUGAUGAUUGAUGUUGAUGAUUCAUGAUUGAUGUUGAUGUUCUGUUAGUAGUACUUAGACUAGUUGUGUUAGUAGUACUUAGACUAAUUGAUGUAGUUUGCUUAGAAGUUGUCCAGCCAACAACUACAACGUCAUCAUCGUUGAACACAUGUUGAUGUUGAUCAUCAUCAAGACGAGAAGACGAGUUUCAUCUUGUAAACUUCCUGAGCAAAAAAGUUGGACCAACUACCUGAAAACAGCCAACGUCAUCAUCGUGGACCAGAAGAUGUCGGACGAAUUAGCUUCUAUCGAUUGCAACGCGAUUCAAAAGUAUGUGAUCGGACUCGGCACGCGCAUUAGGGAUGAGGCGGCUUUGAGACCGCAGAUAACUGGUGCUGGAGCUCAGUUGUGGCAGCUGAUGGCUGACGAAUACCCCUCCAUCGUCCCACACAUACCGAAGCAAAAGAAGGAGAAAUACGCUAUCGCAGAUGCUAGUGCAUCUUUGGAUAAUGAUGCGUCGUCGAAGACGGCUGUGGCCAUUGAAGACAAAAAACCGGAGAAUAAGGUACAACUGAGUACAACUGCAGACCAGAUUAGUAGUUGUACACGAAAAACUAUAACUAUGUCUAAGAUAAGAAGUACAACAAUAACUUCGUGCAUGAGCAUGAUUAUCGAAGAUUCAGAUGCAAUUAGUUUUUAGGCCUUAUUUCUAGAAAGUGCUAGAUGGUAGCUGACGCUGAGGAAGUACUGGGUAGCUGACGCUAUAUCCUCAUGAUCAACCAAGAAUGAAUACCUCCCUCAUCUCUAGCACAUCAAGAUCAAACCCAAAAUAAUCUAAAUCUUCCUUUUAUUUCAGGCUGCGGUGAGCAGUGGAGAUGUGAUUGCCAACAAGGUCUUUGCCUCAUUGAGCAGUGAGCUUGGGCUCAGCAGUACGAAGCUCCCAGGUUUGACGUUGAUUGAUCCUGCAAAUACCAAAUCAACCGCACUCGUUGGCGCAACAUUAAGGCUCACGAUACUCAUGAUUUUUCCUGUAGUUAAUAAGGUUAUAUAUCAGAUGAAAGAACUCGAGGCGCCUAGAAUACACGGAUCCUAGCAUAAGCGUGGCCACUAUAGUUCUUUUUUAAGUAGUUGGAUUACAACUUCCCUUUUAUGUAAUUCUGUUUCCUAGUUAGACGUGCUCCACCGGUGUUAUAUAUAAGAAAUAUUUAUGAUGAUCUCAUCAUCUUUAUUGCGCUCCCUUAUCUAAGUAGAAAGUAGAAAAAAACGUCAAAGAUGACUUUAUUCUUUCAAGUUAAAUAUAACUUAUUGGGAAGGUCCUCUAACAACAGUAAACGGUAAAGCAGACAGCAAGCAGUAUGCUCCAUCCGCACUAGGCGCCUCUGGAGUGGAUCUGUCUGGAGUGGACGGCGAUGCAGUGAUUGAGGACUUGGCGUUUGAUCCAACUUUUGGUUUGGAAGACGUUAUGGAGGGGGACGACGACGGCGAUGGGGCUACUAGCAGCAUCAUCGAAGUUGGGGCAAGAAGCAAUGUGGGGGCAAACGACUAUUGGUCAACGCGAGGACAUGCGGGCGGCUAUGCUGACAGCUACAGUAACAGCUACAACAAAAACUACAAUGCUGGCCCCCCAACUGGUGGAGGUGCUGCAGCUACUGGUACAACUAGUGGAGGAGGUGCACAAGAACAGAGUGGUGGUGCAGCAGCCGCAGAUGGAGGAGGUAAUUGGUGGGAUACACCUGCUGAUCAGUCCUGGAACAACACAUCCUCAGCCAACAACUGGGGAGGCGCUUCUGGAACCGGAGGGGGCCAAAACUACACCAGCGAAGAGUGGAAAGAAUGGGCCAUCAAAAAAUAUAAUCAGGAGGUGGAGUAGAAGGGUCAAGGGGAAGAAGAACACCUCCAUCUAGUUGUAGAUAGUUGUACUUCUUUUUGCAAUUCUCUUGUUGUAGCUACCUCUAAAGACGGUCUCUUGCAGCUACUUCUAAAGACCACUAUUUUUUAUCCAAGUUGCUCUUGACCUUGACGUGAUUGUCUUCUUAUUUGGAAAAAGCAAGAACGUCAAGAAAAUGCAGUCACGCAGCGUCGUCAGUUCAUUUUGAACGGCGCAACAAGUCAAAGCACUAGCAUCAAAGAUCAAACUGCUCUUUCAAUUUUUAUAAACGAGAUGAUGUUAAAGUUAAAAUCAACUGAAAUUAGAAACUGAAAAAAUGUUGGGUACUUAUAAUCAUUUUUAUACCCAAGACUAACCUAAUAUUUUUUGGAAAUCGAAAAUCCUUCUACGCGAAGAUGAAAUCGAAAUCACACUUGAAAUUGAUAAUGAUUUAGGCUGAGUCAGUAGGUGAUGGUAAGAAUUACUUCCUUCUAAGUAAGGGGAAGAAAGGAGCAACUAUUUUUAGAGAUUGAGACUUCGCCACUCCGAUAGAGAGUUAGAGUUGAUGAAAGAUCACACAUAUAGAGUUUGAGUUAGACGAAGCAUAAGUAUGGAUCAUCCGCCGAUCUGGCCUUCGCCUUGUAUGGCCGUUUGGCUUGCAGUAUGAAGAUGAUGAAGAAUACGGUAGAUAAAAAUCAUGAAUAUAUAUGGUGUGAAGGAUGAAGACGAGGACACCGACACAUCCGUUGCCCAUGAUUCGACAGCGAAUACAUCCAUUCCAGAUAACAUGUUGUUCCGUAGCUGUCCCCUCACUUGUCAUACUAGCUCUAAUCAGGAGGCGACAACAUCCUGAACAUCAACUUCUGCUAGAGUCGCCAUUCACUAAUUUUUUUCUUGAUCAUUUAUUAUUGGCUCCUACGCGAAGAAGUGGCCGCCGCGAUGAUCGUUCGCGCCAUCGUUGCACACGUCGUGCACGUUUCGUUGUUUCUUUCGUCAAGUAGAACACAUCAGAAAUAUUAAAUGCACCUUAGUACUAUUUGUGAACUACAAUUACCGGUAGUACCCAUAUCAUGAUGAACAAGUCAUAGUGUUCCUUGUGGUUGCCCUGUCUGAGGACAGAAGAUGGUUGAUUUACCUGUUGAUGUGCAUAUGAUCAUUUUAUUUUCACCCACUCAAAGAUGUCUUCAAUGAAAAAUUCACAAGUUGUAUCCUCCAGCAUUAAGGUUUCAG